AUGUUUUCAUCAAAACGGAAAAAACAAUCAGUUAACCUUUUGAUUGAAGAAAUUCCUACUGUAGAAAAAAGGAAAUAUUUAGCUCAUAAAAUAUUUGAUAAUUGGAAAUGUUCCUUCUGUGAACAGCAUGAUGAAACAUUUAAUCACGUAUGGAUGUGUGAGUCACGUGCUGAUGAAAUGAAUACUAUUAUUUGUGAAGUAAAAGAGUUUUUUAAAGAAACUUGUAAUUCUUUAUUAGUUAAAGUAAAAAAGGAUCCUGUUAUUGAUAAUGAGUUGAUUAAUAAAAUGAUAUUUUGGGAUCGUACCUAUAGUGAAACGAAAAUUACCUUUAUAGAUUUGAUUAAAGGUAUAAUUUCUUGUGAGUUAGCAGCGUAUACAGCCUUAAUUUUUGAAAAUAAAAAGUUACAAGAUAAAUUUCUGGUUUUAUUAAGAAAUUUUAUUUUUAACAAAAGUUGGAACUUUUGGAUUAAUAGGUGCUUGAAGCAAAAAGAAAAAGAAAGAAGAUUAAAAGUUAAUCUCAAGAAAGUUAAAGAAAAUCUUAAUGAAGAUAAAUAUAUUGAUCCUAAUAGGAAAAUUAAUCAACUUCAGUUAACCUUUUUAACGGUUUAG